AUGAAGCUGGAGGACAAGGGCCCCCCGCGGAUGUUCAAGGCAGGGUCGCCGGCAGCGAUGAGCACCGUGUUGCACCCCAAGGCCUGUAGCUCUCUGCUGGACCUCUCUUGGACCGCCGUCCUGGUGGGCGUAUGGUACUUUAGCAACUUCCAGUUUGGCUUUGGACUGAAGCGCACCAGCAAGCGGUUUCAAAACCCGGAGCUGUGCGUGUUCCUGCUCUGGGUGCUGUUCACUGUGGGGUGGGCGGUGGCGGCAGCCGUCAGGCUCGUCUAUAAGCAGCUGGUCACCAGGCGGGCCGACGGUGCAGCGAGCCCUAGAAAGGCCGCGGAUGAUUUGGCUGACAGCCAGCGCCAGGCAUGCGACGACGAGGCUGCAGUGGCAGGCAACCAUCUGAUGACGGUAGUGGCGCAUACUCUGGGCAUGAGCUUCACCUGCUUGGCAUUCAUUGCCGGCAGCGUGCCGGUCGUCCAGGUGUUCAAGAGCCUGGCACCCAUUUUCACAACUGUCCUGUCCAUGUGCUACCUGAACGCCGUGUUCCCCUACUCGGCGGUGGCUGCGGUGAUGCUGCUUGUCGGCGGCGCCACUCUGUCCAGCUGGAACACGCCUGGGUUCAACCUAAUGGCCGUGCUGAUGUGCAUGGUGACCAACCUGUCGCUGCCGCUGCGCAAUGUGAUGGUCAAGCAGCGCACCGUGCUGCGGCAGAGCCAGCUGGCGGUGCUGGGCAAGGCGGGGCCCAACUCGGUGCGCCUGGCGCUGGACACAGCGGUGGACCUCAACUUUGGGGGCAUGCUCAUCCUGACCCCGCUCUGCCUCGUCUUCAUGAGCUCGCUGGAGGUGCCGGCCGAGGAUGCCAGCAUUGCGCUGCGGUUGGGCAUGCACCGCAUCGUGUAUGAGAUCGCCUCGCUCAUGGUGCUGACUCGCAUAGACGCCGUCAUGCACGGCUCGCUGGACGUUCUCAAACGCGCGGCAAUGACGCUCAUCGCCCUCGCAAGCUUCGAGUCUGUGCGCCCGUUCAACCUGGCUGGCUCGCUGCUUGCCUUUGGCACCCUGCUCUGGUACAAGCUGUCGCUGUCCAGGCAGGCAUCAGCCAGCGCCUCAGGCACUGCCUCAGCACUACCUGCCAUUUGUUAA